GUCCAUUCGUCUCUACAACACCUACUGCUCCUCUCGAUCAACCACCAACACCAACACCACCACAAUGAAGGCUUACUCCGUCGCUAUCGCUAUUGCAGGCUUUGCCUCUUCCGUUGCCGCCCACGGCUAUGUCACUUCUCCCAAUGUCCGCAUGCCCGGUCUGGGUCUCAAGGCUGCCUGUGGCGACCAGGUCUACAACAACGAGUUUUCCGACCACUACGGCAACGUCCAGGGUGCUCGACAAAACCUGCAGGGCUCUCACCCAGACUGCCGCCUGUGGCAAUGCAAGGGCAUUCCUUUCUCCGACCACGGCGAGAUUCAGCAAUAUAAGCCUGGCCAGAAGGUCGAGAUGAAGGUCGACAUCCGUGCCCCUCACGAUGGUGUCGCCAACGUUUCCAUUGUGAACACCGCCACCGACACAGUCAUUGGCAAGCCCCUCAUCAGCUGGGACAAGUACGCCUUGACCUCGCAACCCCUCAGCCAGCACCCCGAGUGGACAUCGUUCGACUUCACACUGCCCGAUGUUAGCUUCGAAUGCUGCAAGGAGGGAAGCUGUGUGAUCCAGUGGUUCUGGAACGCAGCCUCCAUUGACCAGACAUACGAGUCCUGCGUUGACUUUGUCAUGUGCGGUGGCUCCGGCACUUCCAAUACAUCACCCUCUCCAGCUGGCGGUAGUAGCUCCGCCCCUCAGCCCUCUCCUGCGUCUAGCAUGGAUACUUCUGGCUCCAACACUAGCCCUAAGCCUAACAACGGUGGUUAUGUCACUGGUUAUGGUUCUGGCUCUGGUUCCGGUUCUGGUGCUGGCUCUGGCUCUGGCUCUAGCUCUGGCUCCGGCUCUGGCUCUAGCUCUGCCCUCCCUAAGACAUUCACCCUUGACACCUUCAUCACCUGGCUCCGCAAGAACGCGGGAACUGGUACCGCUAACAGGCUUCGCCGCAUGGUGGCUGCAGGUGGCGUUCACCCCCGUGCUUUCCGCGCUUAA